AUGACGCAGCCGAGUUCAAAAGUUCGAAAUAUUGGAUCAGCGUGUUGUUUAGUGCUCACAAUCACAGGUGAGCCUUUAUCUUGUCAGAAAAAUUAUGAAAAACACAUAAGCAAAUGUCAUUUUUGCCACGAAAUUUCUCAGUCUUGUCCGUUUUCGCGACGACCGUUUUAUUUCUGUCUUUGUACAAACAAUUCGGACAUAUUUUCUCAUUUUAUUCCUCUUCACCCCCUCGUCCUUUUUUCGUUGUUGUUUUUUUCUUCAUUUCAUCUUGCUAUUCAUAUUUCUUCAAUUUAUUUUUAAAAUAUUGAAUCGAUUUUGUUAAAAUAACAAAGUAAAAGUGAAAAUGAUUAGUAACAGCUAUAUUUUUAGUGAACAGCUAAAUUACUUGACGAAAAAAGGAGAAGAAAAGUGAAAGAUCAAUAAAUAUCGAGAGAUAUAGGCUUGUAUAUACGACAACAGAAACCUGUCUAAAAUGUCCACUACUUUCGAUUUCUAUUUCGGUUCCUUGAUUCACUUCUACUUUUUCUAUUUUUCAGUUUCUCAUGUCUUAUAUUAAUAAUAAUUUAUAUUAUAUUCAAAAAAUCAUAUCAAUUUUUUGACAACAUUCAUUUUUCAGCCAUUUUCAUGCUACUCUUCUGGGCAAUUUUUCUGGCUCUUCAACCACGACUUGCACAAUCAGAUGGUGGUUUAUAUGAUUCAAAUGAUCCGAUUUUAGAGUUAGAUAUUAAUACUUUUGAUGCAGCCGUUUACGGAACAGUGAGUUUUCUUUAGAUUUUUCAAAAUCAUCCAAUAAAAAUUGUAUUUUUUCAGAAGAAAGCGCAUUUUAUCGAAUUUUAUUCCUCUUGGUGUGGAGCUUGUAUAGGAUAUGCUCCAACUUUCAAAAAAUUCGCCAAGUGAGUUUUUUCUUUGUAAGAUGCAUAAAAUAUGAUUAUCUGAAUUUCAGACAAGUCGAAAAAUGGGCGCCAAUUGUUCAAGUGACUGUUGUGAAUUGUGCGGAUGAUAAGAAUAUGCCGCUUUGUAGACAACACGGUGUUAAUUCUUAUCCAACUUUGAAGGUUUGUCACAAAUUAUAUAUUUUUCAAUAGCGAAUCUUGAAUUUUUCAGUAUUUCAAAUACUUAUCUGCGAACAAAGAUGAUGGUAUGAAAUACAGUGGGGAUAAAUAUGAUAUCAAUAAAUUGGAGCACGAUAUCUCUGGAUUAGUGCAGGCUGAUGGGCAAAGACAAAAACCUGAAACUUGGCCAACAUUCCUUCCAAUCGAUGAAUCAACAUCAUUUGAAGAUCUUGUCAAAUCAAUUGAUGCUACACCAUUCUUAGCUGUAAUUAUUCAAGAAAAUCCAGCAGUUUAUGGUUGGUCGAAUAUGAUUAAUUAUAAUGGGAAUUCGGCGAUUAAAAUUGCUUUUGUUGCACCAUCUCAUCAAAUUGCCAAGAAAUUCUUCUCCGAUGAUCAUUCUCACGCUUUAUUAUUUGCAAAUGGCAACAAUGAACCAAUUUGGAAAAGCGGGUAAGUUUAUUUUUUCAGUCUUUGUAUUUAAAACUUUAACGAUAUCAAUCACAGAACAAUUGAUUCUUGGUUGAAUGUUCAAGAAAAAAUCGAUGAAUUGGCUGGAGAUAAGAUCGGACUUGCAACUGAACCACCACCAAAUCUUGCAGCUGUAAGUUUUUUCAAAUUUGUAUUUUUUUCAACAAAAACAAAAAACAUAUUGAUUAGAAAUGGGCGAAAAAGAAAAUGUACGAAAUUGUGCGACAAAUCAAACAUGUAUUAGUUAUGUUUUCACCGGUUCGUGGGUUUUGUGUGAAAUCAACUAACUCAUCCCAAUAUUUCUCUUGAUUUUGAAUUUAAAAUAUUACACUCAUCGGAACCCCUACUAGACACUAUCCCAAAUGUUCACAGUUCACAUAAUAAAGGAAAUUUUUGAUGAAAAAACAAAAAAAAAUGAUUUUUUCAGCCAGUAGCUGCGUCUGCUGCUUCUCCAACUAAUAAUCAAUUCGAAGUUCAAUUGACGGAUUUGAAAUCAGCGAUGAGUUAUAUGUUAUACAAAGAGAUUCCAAGACGAGAAGAAUUGAAAGAUGAACCAUUAGGAGCAUUGAAAGAAUGGAUGCAUACUUUGAAGAAAUAUGCGCCAGGAACAACACCAAUGAGAAGAUUAUUUUAUCGAUUGGAUGAAUGGCUGCAACUUCAAUCUGUGGUUACUGCUGAUGAAUGGACUGCUAAAGUUGAUGAGAUUCAGGUAAUUUUUUGGAUAAUUGAGAGCUAAGUAUUUGCAAAUAUCCUAUGUCUGGAAGACCUCAGAAAAAUUGAAAGAUUUUUUGAUAGAAAUUAAAACCAAUUUGUUUCUGAAUGCACUAUUGUGAUGUAAAGUCGCAAAAGUUGCCCAUUUUCUCUACACAAUUCAACGAAAAACCCACGAUUCCCACAACUAUUUGCUUUUUUACCCGAAACAUAAAUUUAUUCAAAUUUUAUUCCAGCAAUCACUGGGAAACCCAUUGCCAAAGGAAAUCAAAUGGAUGGCAUGUGUUGGAUCAAAGCCAAAUCUUCGUGGUUACACUUGUGGUCUUUGGACUCUUGCACACACAAUCACUGUUGAAGCUUAUAAACAAGAGAAGCAUAGUUAGUCAAAAACAAACAUAUUCUUUAAAAUCAAAAAAAUCGAUUUGUUUCCAGAUUCCAACUUCAAACCAGUUAUUGAUGUUCUUGAGCCAUUCCGCAAAUUUAUCUGGCAUUUCUUGAGUUGCUCUGAAUGCGCACAAAAUUUCACGAAAGAAGCCGAAAAACAAGAAUUACAUUUGGUUACCAGAGCUGAAGAUGUUUAUGCUUGGCUAUGGAGAACACACAAUUUUGUGAAUCAGAGAUUAUCUGGAAGUUUAACUGAUGAUCCAGCAUUCCCCAAACAACAAUUCCCGCCAAAAAGUUUGUGCCCGGGAUGUUAUGAUUCAGAUGGUAAAGUAAUUGAAGAAAAGGCUCUGCCAUUUGUUUUCAAAUAUUAUUCAAAUAUUAAAACAGACACUGUUGAGGUUAGUUUUCAGAUUGUUUUGUUCAAAACACAUGACAAUUUACAGGAGGUUCCUGGAUACAAAGUAGUCGAAUUCGAGAAUGGUAAAACUGUGGCUGCUGGUCAACGACAUCUCAAUCCAAAAUUCCAAGUUCAUGCUGAUAAAGUAGAUAAGUUGGAACAAUUGGACGCAAGUCCACAAAGAGCAUGGAAAUCUAUUGAUGGAUACGGUAACAUUUUUGAUUAGUUGAUUUGUGUUUGAAUGCUUGAUGUUUCAUUUUUGUAGAAGCCCAACCUUCAAAAUCACAUUUCUACUUUUUGUGGCUCUCAUUGAUUGGCAUUGUGUUGAUUGUCGUCUACUGCAAAUAUCGGCGGAAUAGAUCAAAGUUUUGGAAAACUUUCUAUUAUCAAAACGACUUUAAACUGUGAUUAUUUUUUCGGACAAAAAUUGUUUCCAAACUCUAACAUAUCCGCUAGACCCAUUCUUUGUCCAGUGUUCAAUUUUAAUUGUCAAAUGUCGGGCGCGUGUGUUAUAUUGAAUUCCAAAAUUUUUAUAUGUCACUAACACGAGGUUUCUAUUUUUCUCUUCUCAUUUUUUUCUCGGAAAAAUUGUAUAUGUAUGUUGUGGAAUUUCACCGGUUUAUCUUAAUCAUUUCUCUUUCUUCCUCAUAUUUCUGAAUUGAAUUUUUCACGGAAAAAUACUUAAUAAUAGUGAGCAUGUUGUUUGAAAUUACGUGUUUUCUUUAAAAUAAAUGUUAUUGAUUUAUUCAUUAGGAAAUUCUUUGAUUGAAAGAAGCAUGCUGCUUGAAACUAUUUUUGUCUGAAAAAAUUCACAGAUUCCUAAUUUUCAAUGAGCAAGUCGUUUGUUUUUUAGAUGUCCCUGGAAUUCUUCACCGGUAAAGCAGAACAUCGUCUAA